GGUAUAUUAGUUGGUUCGCAUGUGGUCGUGGAGAAACAAGCAAGAUCAUCAUAGAUCUGGUUUAUCAAGCGGUGUUUCUUUUCGAAGGAACAACAGAAGAAGCUACCAUUGACGACGAGGGCAACGAUAGGGAAUGUUGUGGGUAGUGAUGUCGAGAACAGCAAAAACUACCAUUUGACCACCCGACUUUCGAGGGUGUUAGUGCAUCGCGUGAGUUGGUGCAGGCUGAGGCUCAGAUUGCUGCAAUAAAGUUCAGCAGAGUUACUUCGGUAGUUUUCCCAAUCGAUUAUAUCGAAGGAGGCACUGAGGAGGCACGCAAAGUAACGACUUUCAAAGUAACGACUUUGGAGCACAAUCGAGGACGUCGAGGUUGCCGUACAAAAGGAAAAGCACUGCACAGACACCACGACAGAUUUGUGCAAACAAAGUCUACUUGGGACUACUCGUGCCUCUGCGCGUUCAACUGACGGGAAGAUGGGCGGAGGACGAUCGCGAUCAAGAUCGCCGCGCCCGCGAGGAGGUGGCGGAGGAAGACGCGGGUCCGAUUCACGCAGGCGCGGUGGUGGCCGCGAUCGCGGGCGAGGACGGGAUAACAACGCCCGCGGUGGCGGAUUCGAUCGCCGACCACGUGAGGACGGCUACGCCACUGGGAAAAAGUGCAACGCACACGGAGUGGUUUUGCAUCAGUCCUAGUUGAAUCGCUUUCAUCGUGCAUCUUCGUAAUCGUACACCAGUAAGUAACUACUUUUUCGAGGCUCAGACUCUGCUGGGAUGAUCUCAGACUCUGCAUCGACUACCAAGUUUCGGCAUCUGCAUAAUACGGAAACCUCGACGAAUUAUUGGUGGUGCUAAUAAAAUUGUAUACAGAUCGUGAUGCUUAUUUAUAUUUUCACAAGAAGCGAAGUGAUUAUUUGCAUUUCGAUCAACAUGAUGACCAUGCACCCGUGUAUCAUUGAACAUCAAAUUCAAAGCACUUAUUCGCGCUCGCUUGCUUGCACCAGCGUUGCUGUUUGACUCCUUGGGCGUUUGGACUUUUUGCUUUGGAUACGCUCGGUGGCAGUAGUAAUCAGGUGAAAACGCGCGUGGGAGAGAAAGGGUCGCGUGACGAGCUGGCGUCGGCAGGGGGCGAUAAUAAGAAGGUAGUAAAACAAGCCUGGUGCACUCCAUUAAAAAGAGUUGCCCUGAGAUUUGAAGACAUUGGCGCUACUAGCUCGCAGUUUUCCAAGAGUAGAACUCCCAAAAUCACACCACAGACGAGUCCGGUUCUCGCUCCCGGCACCGCGGCCGAAUCGUCACUUUUAGCAGCAGCAGGAGCAGCCCGUGCGGAAAUAAACCAAGAUCAUAGCAGGCCAACGCAGCGCACCGGCGCCGCGACGUCUAGUGGUAGUGGUCAGCAGCCGGGAACUUCGAGACUGGUACCUCUUCCGAACCGGGGGGAGAAGAAAAUCGCCAUAAAUAUCAGCGGUACCGGCGCAGCAGCGUCAUCUCGAACUACCGGCCGUGGCGAAGGCCGCGACCAGCAGCAGCAUCGGAAGCACGACUCCUCGCGAAGAAGACGCUCGCCACGCGACCGCAGAAAAAGAUCGCGGGACGGCCGGAGAUCGCGAAACCGAGGAGGUGCAGCUGGCGCCGAUGUUAAUAGGCAAGAACGCACACCGUCCGGCAAGGGGGCCACGCCUCGCUCGGGCGUUCUUCCGGGUGGCGACAAAAAAAUGCCCGUGCUGUUUUCUGACCUCGCUAAGCAGGCGGGCGGUGCUCAGGGCCACAACACGCGCGGGUCCGGGGACCGAUCCAACCGCAACAGAAAUCUGCAGACCGAGAAUCCCUACAUGAAUCAGGCUGGAGACAACUCCGGCACACAAAAAUCGCAGAGAAGGCCUCCAGGGGCAGCCGUGGAGAUGAACUCUCUCUUCUCUAAGAAAAACCGGAGCGGCCGAGGCGGUUUUGAUCGCGAUUACGACCCCAAGACCGAGUGCCGGGUCGCCGUGGUGCUGCGGGGGCUUCCGGGCUCCGGCAAAAGUACCAUUUGCGCGCUGCUGCAAAAGGUGUUCGGGGGAAAGUCGCUCUCCUACGGCAGUUACGUGCAGAAACAGGCCGCCAAAACGAUGGUGCAAAACAAGAGCGGGUCUUCACUAGACGACUCCUGGGUGACGGAGCUGGGCUCCCUUCUCAAAGACGACAGCAAGCGCUUCUGCUUCAUUGACCACUAUGCAAAGAAAAUCAAUUUGUCAGGUGGAGUCGGCCGUCCAGCAGCGACAGCACAGAUAAUGUUCAAGAAAUGGAUGCAUUAAUAAAGUUGGAUCAGUACAAUAGAUGACACAUACAACAAGUUCAUGAAGUUUGUAAGAUGUUUCGUCCGCCACCGACCCUGACACGCGAUUUUCUGUGUAUAAUGACAUACAUAAAACGAAAGAGGCCCGGGACAUAACAGAAGACAUGCUGGAAGCCGAAUUUAUCCAAAACGAAAAUCUCGAUCAUGAUUCUCUCUGCACUGUUGCGCCGCAGGAAAAGAACAUUGAAAUUCUGCUCUUUCUGGUUGAUCCCGUUAGACAAACAAGAUACGUCACCUCUCGACGUGAUAAAGACGCAUAUCUAUGCUUGCAUUUCGCUUUGAGGUUCUGUGGCGCCCUUGGUUUUGAUAUGAUACAGUACAGAACUUUCUUGGGGCUGCUAACCACUGCAGAGGAUGAUGAUCAUCGCCAAUUUGCCUUCCAUAGUGAUCCUCGAAAAGGAAAAGAGCGAAAGCAGUUUGCCGGGCAAGGUAUUUGUUCUUCUCUUUCUUAAAGCUUAUACACAUCUUUGUCCUUCUUCAGCUUCGCUCGAAAGCAUACCGAGCGAGUAUUCGCUCAACAACAGUAGACCACAUUUUCAUAUAAUUCGCUCCGAGAAUGUCUGGCACUGACUCUCUCUGCUUUUUACAACAGGUUUUGUUUGUGGAUCUCGUCCACACGGACGACCCGGUGACACAAACUGGCGACGGCGACCGGCUCUAUCGCGGCCCCUACAGCGCGGCACACAUCCAGCUUUGCGCGGAUCGCGUUCUCAAGCGAGGCGGGGCGCACCACCUGCACACGCACACCGUACCGGGAAGCGGUGGGUUGGACGAUCGCAAAGCGAAGGCGAGCGCGAUCGUGGAACAGCAGGCGCACGGCGCCGAGUUCUUGUCCAUUUCCGAGCGAGAGCGGUACGGCCGGUAUGUGCCCGUUCCCGUCGAGUACACACCUAUCGGUCAGUGCAUGGAGAUUGUCGCCGCCCUGCGCUCCUUCCUGCCUGACGGGCCCGCCCUACUCGCCCCCUCUCGCCCCGGGGAGGAAGAUGAGGCCCCAAAGGAAACAGGAGAAAAAGAAGAACAAGAAGAAGCGCAGCCACAUGCAGCGGCAGCAGGGCCGUCGUCGUCCGCGGCUUCUGCAGCGGCAGCAGACGCAAGUACGCCAGCAGGCAACGACGAUGCAGCUGCCUCCAAGAAUCAGUCCGGCGAGGGACCUCCGAACACCACAGUGGAGACGGAAGAAAAGAAAGAGGACGGAGACAACAAGAAAGAUCCGGACGAAAACAAAGAUCCCGGCGCUGCGGCCGCCCCUUCCGCCGCUGGGACAACAUCUAGUAAAUCGAAAACGCUGACCUCUCGGCAGGUCAAGCUUCGCCUGCAAGACGCACUGGAGCAAGCAAAUAAGCGAGAGCGGGCCUGGCGCGGAGUCUCUGACUCAGAACUGUGCGCUCACUGCAAGGCUGAGGAUGUUCCCCUCACUAACAUCACAGCCAUUGUCAAGCAGGACAAAAUGGCCGAAGCCACUGCGAAGGGCAGAAGAUUUGUGGAUGACGUACUUAAGCAAAAGUUUAACUUUUUAGUAGUUCGCAGAAGGAAUUCUUUCUUGCCCCAAUCAAUGACGAACUACUGGCUAUUCCUCUUUCAGUGCUUUCGCGACUGGUGCGCUAAUGCCCUGACCAGCUGGUAGCAGCGCUAGCACCCUGGUGUAAGAACUUGUAGAUGAAGCCAGCUCUCUGCAGUUUUUUGCAAAUCGAAGAAAAGGCAUGUGGGGUGGCGCUGGCGCUGACAAGUAGUAGUGCGUGAUGUUGCAAAUUCCAACUACUACUUACAACCAGGUUCCCGAGACACGGCUCUGCCGGCCCUGCUGGGACAAGUGGGACGCGGACCGAAAGGAGCAACUUCGACUCGCUAAGGAGCGCGAGGAGGCAGAGAAGGGGGGCCUGGCGAAGCGGCUCUAUUGGGAAAUCCGGGUGGACGACAAAAUCAAGGGCAUGAUCGAGGGCAAGCUCCCCGCGAGUAUGAAGAUGGUGGAGGAGCCGCACAUAACCCUGGUCUACUUCGGAAAAGCCGACACAGAGGAGGAAGAGGCCGCAAACGCCGGCGUCUCUGUGCACGUACUACUCGUUGUCAUGAAUUAGAAGAACUAGAAUUAGAAUUGGUGUGUGUCUUGUUUCUGCAGCUUCGUGAUUGUUAUCCUCGUUGUAGCAGAUGAAGUUGAGGGCAAAGGUCCGCCCACGAAAUCUCCGCAAGAACCCGGAUCAAUCUUGCCGCGUCGAGCAGGCAAGAACAUUACCAAUCUUUUUUCAUGAUGAAUCAAUUCACAGACCCUGGAGGGAUUGCAUGAAGCCCUGCUCGCAAUGGACGGCGACAAGGUGGAAGUGCACGUCGAAAAGCUGAUCGUGACCGACCGUCUGGUGUGCGCCACGGCGAGUCUGGGGGACGACCUGAUUCUUCCUUGUGCCAAAAAGUACGACACCGAUCCGUUUCACAUCACGCUCGGUUUACACGCCGACGCCAAGGCAGUGGAGUCCGCGGACAUAGUGAACCUUGUGGAGUCCGACGGGGACCUGGAGGGAAAGCAGAUCGCAUGCGUCAAGCUGAAAAAGGUGAAAAAGUUCCAGGGGACCAUCGCUCUGAAAAUGGGAUGAGAAGGGGAGUUAGUGCUGUUUGAUAGUCCUCUACCUUACUGUGCGGUCGCGCCAUCUCUACUACUCUCCAAAAAGUUCCAUUUUCCUCUAGCUGCUCCCAAGAGCGCGGGGCAGGCGCAACGUGGUAAGUCGAAGAGUUGUACGGAACUACGUGGCAGCUUCACAUGAGCAGCCUCUGUUUGCCCGUGCCUUUGCGGCCCUCUCUUGCGUUUUUUCAAUACGUUUGUCGCGCUUCAUGUAGAAGUAAAAAUCUGGUGUGAAGUAAAUGUGUCACCCAGAUAUUUUUACAUUGUUGCCGUGCUUCAUUUGUCAACAGUCUCACAAAAUGACCACGCUACUGGGCACCAUGUUGGAGAUUUGUACCGCAGAAGCUGCCCGACGUGUCGAGAGAUUGGGUGUGUCGAGUUUGUAUGCUCUUGAUCUUCACGAAGAUUACUGCCUGCUGCUAUCACUCUUGUCGCGUCGUAGCCAGAGCAAGCGCAGAAUUUCCUCAACCAAUUAGCACCUCCUUCGGAAGUGCGGUCGUUAUCGUGCCACGAGGUAGACGAACACGUAUAUACUAAACGUAAACUCACUUUUACUUUUUCAAACGGAAACUGAAACUGCUACGUCCCCGGCGUCGUGGACGUGCCAGAAAAGGGGCUGCUACUCCAUGAAAAUGUACCAGGGCGAGCAAAAACACUACACGUACUCACAGACAUAAGAAUGUGCGAAGAGGAGCAAGUGUUUUUUAUUCUUGAAUGAUAUUGAAGAUCAAGAAGAUCAUGAUGAUCAUGGGUAUCGAUAAUAAAUGCCGGCGCUUGCUGCCAUGUCGAUUGAUGAUUUAUCACGCUUGGGCGCGUGAUUUGUGUGAAAACUGUAAGCUACAAAAACAUCACUAUAUGAAAAUGAACACUGGUCCUGGUGGAGUGGAAGAUUCAU